AUGUUAUUCACUCAAAGCAAAAACAGUAAUCAAAAGGGAUUGAUGCAGCCAUCCAGUGGUGCUGUCAUUCAUCCGAAAUCCAAAAUUUCCAAAACGGCCUCAUCAGCCUCUUUUAACACAACGGAUUUUUCGUCUGUUUCUUCAUUCCAAGUUGACAACACAAUUCAAAACCGCCUUGACGCCGUGAGCCAUUCUCCGUCCAAAGAAUUUUCACAAAUUUCGGGCACUAAAAAAUCCUCGUCGACACAACUCUCGAAUCCAAAACCAGAACCUUUCAAACUUCCACCCUUACAGCUAACCAAAUCAACAACUACAAAUCCACAAUCUCCCUCUCCUUCCGUUCAAGAAGACCAAUCUCAUCCUCUACCUCCACGCACUCCACGAGUGAUUAAUGUGGACAAGUAUUUUACCUUGUCUCAAUACAUUCAAGAUGAAGAAGCAUCUCAAGUAUUUCUUCAAUUUUUGAAAAAGAAACGUUGUGAAGAAAGCUUGGAAUUCCUGUUGCAGUUGAAUGCUCUGAAAAAGAUACCUCCUCAUCACACACAAUCGAUCGAAGAAAGCUUGCAACAAAUUCGAAAGCAAUUCUUGGUGAGUGGUGCUGUGAGUGAGCUAAACGUGGGUCGAGCUGCCAAAGUUCAUGCCCUUGAGAGAAUGGAUCGAUUUUUAACGCAUCAACUCGGGCAGCAAAAAAGCAACACGACCAACUCGAGUACAACAAGCUCACAAUCCUGGAAUAGUGCAAUCAAGCAUUCUUCAUGGAAUGAUUCAUCCUCACUCUACAUGUCCUCUCCCAGUCUUCAUGAGAGCUUGAUCAUUGGCAGCAGCCCUAAUAGUCAUAGCAUUUCCUUUUCUCCAACACCUUCAAGUUUUCAUUCCCAAAUGACAAACUCAACAGAAUCCAUGCCCUCCUUCUCAACCCCACCUACUUUUCAUUCAUCCUCCUUCUCUUCUCCCGAAGCGCUUUUGCACACUCACUCGAUGGUGAGCAGUGGAGAUGGAUCUUUGGGUUCUUCUCCCAUCACCAUGAUAACCUCCAAUGAUCAUGAUCAGCUUAACAACAACAACAACAAUUUUGAAUUAUCGGCUCUCAUCUCCCAAUCCUCAACUAACUCUUCAACCACAUACAACUGGUGGAAUACAUCUCAAAUGUUUAAAGAACUCGAAUUUGAAGUUCGGUUACAACUCCAAAACGAAUCCUUUAAGGAAUUUAAGGCUUCAGACGAAUUUGAACAUUUUGUUCUGACCAAAGUGAUUGAGCAGAGUUUGAAUCAUAAACCAAACUCCUUCACUCUUUCAUCCUCUCAUUCAUCAUCAUCCUAUCAAGAAAAACAACCAGAUGUAUCAAGAUCAUCGAACAACAAAAACAUCAGUAGUGAAGCCGGAGAUUCCUCUCCUUCUGGUAUCAGUACGAAUUCAUCCUCCUCAUCGGUGUCUUCUUCAUCUUCAUCCACCACAGUAUUAACCUCCUCUCCAAGUAAUGGUUUUUUUUCAAAACUUUUCAAACGAAAAGAAUCGAAACAACAUUCUCCAUCAUCAUCGCCAACUAUAUUGGGUUCUCCUUCAGCAAAGAACAACUCUUCUUCUUAUGGUAGAGAAAUCAGUGGUGAUUCCAUAAUCUUAGAGGAUGAUUCAUUCAAUGCAGAAGAGGAUCAUGACAAUUUAUUGACAUUUAUUGAAACAGUUCCAUUACGAAGAUGGACUUCUCAACAAACCAUUGCAUUCUUUCAACUGAAAUUGGAAUUACCUGAAUACGUGGAUCAAAUUAAAAAACAUGAUAUUAAGGGAACUGAUCUACGAAUUCUAAAAAAGGAAGUUUUUGAGCAUAGAGAUCCUAAUCAUGACGAGCCUUCUUCCUCCUCAAAUAUACCGUUCAUCCAUACAAGCAACAGCAACAACAACAACAACUCAACAAACCUUUCCUCACGACAAGAAAUAUCUGAAGACUUCCAACCACCCCAUUUGGAACUUCAACAAAAGAAAAUGGAACAACUUUAUAAAAAGUUGAAAAUGGUAAAAUUGGGACACAAGAAAAAACUCAUCAGAGAAGUGAAUCAAGUCUUGACAAGAUAUUAUCUAAACAAGCAAAAACAAGGGAAUCAUGCUCGAACCAUCACCUCAACCUCUACUUCACCCUCUUCCUUAACACCUACCAUGGACGUUCAUCAUCAUAGGUCGAAAAGAUCUCUUUCACAACCUCAAGAACUUGUUCUUUCGAAAUCACCGCUCGAUUCUUCUUCGUUAACAGAUAUCCAGUCAGCACCAACCGUGAUUAUCAAAUUAACCAUUCUUCCGUUGAAUCAAAAAAGAGUCUUUACUGUGAAAAGUCUCAUUACUAUGGAUCAAUUCAAAGAGUGCAUUCUCAGAGAAAUUUCAGAUCUUUUGGAAUCGAAAGACGUUGAGAAUUCAAAGUUUUUUGAGAAUCGACCCAUUCUUUCCAGUAAGGGAGCGACUAUUCACUCGAACGAAGAAUUGAAGGAAUUCCUUUCUCAAUACAUAACCACUGACACUCGAAAAGUAUCCUCAAACUCGACAAGUCCAUUUGCCCAUAUUAAAAUUGAGAUUUGA